AAGCGUUCCAAACGAGAAUUGGAUAGUACAAAUUUAAAGUUCACACUGAUAAAGCCGAAAUUUCGAAUUAAAACAUUGCAGCCAAGCAUGAACCUAGGCACAAAUUUCAAGUUAUUACGCAUGGCGCGGCUGCACAUACGUAAUCUUCGCGAGCUAUCUACGCUGAUGCGUAUUCCGUCCGCCCGAUCAGUCACUGGGCGGCAGAAUUUCAUCCUGGAGCCGUUGUCCGGUCGAGAGCUCAUACGCGUCCAUGGAUCUGAAGUGAUCCCAUUCCUGCAAGGUCUGGUGACGAACGAUGUAUCACGAUUGGAGUCGUCCAGCGGUCCUUCCUCGAUGUAUGGCCUUUUUCUCAACAAAAGUGGCCGCGUUCUAUACGAUACAAUUAUUUAUCGAACAAACAAUCCCGACACAUUUUUGCUUGAAUGUGAUCGCGAAGCUUCAGCGGAGUUUCGGCGCCAUCUGCGUACUUACCGGGUUCGGAAGAGCAUCGACAUCGACAGUGUGGAUGACGAGUACAGCACUUGGGUAAUGUUCAGUCCGAAAUCGGAACCGGUGCCCCCCAGUUCUAAUCCGGAUUUAUUUGUGUCCCCCGAUGCAAGACUUUCUUCUUUGGGGACCCGCAUCCUGGCACCGGCAGACCUAAACUGGAGUCAACUAAUCAAAGGCUACUGGUGCAACAACGAAUUCUCAGCGUCACCAGCUUCUGAAGAUUGCAACUAUCAAUUGCUUCGGUAUGAACAAGGUGUAGGGGAGGGUAGUCUAGAGCUACCUCCCGGCAAGUGCUUUCCCCUAGAGGCUAAUGCCGAUUAUCUGCACGGCGUGAGCUUUCAGAAGGGCUGUUAUGUGGGCCAGGAGCUGACCGCCCGCAUACAUCAUUCAGGUGUGAUUCGCAAGCGCUACAUGCCGAUCCGACUUACAGCUCCGAUUGGAUCCAAUAAGGAUGUGACUUCCGUGGCGGGAGCAAAACUAGGCCGCGUCUGCGGGGCUGCUCAUAACCGUGGAGUGGCCUUACUGCGCAUCGAACAGGUGCUCAAUGGCCGCCAGGAGCUAAUGGUCGACGGUGAGCGCUGUUACGCCGACCGACCGCAGUGGUGGCCACAAGACAUGCCAGGAAAGCGUCGUAUGGCUUUCGCGGAAUGAGUCAAGAGCUGAUUGUAACCACCAAUUGUUGAAUUUUAUCGUUGCGUGACUGUAGAAUCUUUAGUAUAGUAAACCAUGUUUCUUAUAUGA